AUGGUCAGCUACCUAUAUGUUGAUCCCAUGGAGGCUGUGAACUUCAAGGACGUGGCUGUGGUCUUCAAUGAGGAGGAGCUGGGGUUACUGGACUCUGCCCAGAGGAAGCUGUACCAAGAAGUGAUGCUGGAGAACUUCAGGAACCUGCUCUCAGUUGGCUAUAAACCCUUUAAACUGGGUAUGAUGUUGCCAUUGGGAAGAGAGGAGAAGCUUUGGAUGAUGGAGGCAGAAACCGAAGAAGAUGAGAGUUCAGGAUGCAGGGGUCAAAAUGAGACAGAGACUCUCUAAGAAGUAGGGUUAAGAUACCUUUUACAUGAAGACCUUAUGUGCUGGCAAAUAUGGAAACAAUUGACAAGUAAAUUAACCAGAAACCAGGACUUCAUCCUAAGUCUUCAAGGCAAGAGGUCUGAGUUGAAAAAAAAAGGUGAUGCCCAGGUGUGGACAGGAGCCUCUGUUCCAGUUCCUGGAGAUGAGAUCUGUGUAGUGAAGCUUCACAGGGAGAGUUCCAAUAGCGUCAAAAAGCAAGAGUUUCCAAUUAGGACCACCUGGGAUUUCUGAAGAAAAGUGAAUGUGGAAGAAUCCCAGAAUUACCAGAGAAGAUGCCAUCAAACUGACAUAAAAAAUAAACUGUGUCAAUGUGACUGUGAUGACCAGGAAGCACACAAAGGAGAGGAAGCUUAUAGCCCCAACGAUGGCAGAAAAGAAUUCAUGAAGAAAUCACCCCAGCGUAGGGUCAGACCCUCACAAGAGCAAACCUCCCAUGAGGAUGGAAAAGGCUUCAGUGUUGGCUCUGACCUUGACCUUCCCCAGCAGUUGCCCUUGGGAGAGAAGCCCCCUGUGUGUUCUGAGUGUGGGAGGACCUCGGACCACAGCUCGUUGCUGACCUUGCACCCGAGCACUCACCUGGGUGGCAGACACUGCAGGAAUGGAAAUGGUGAGGGCUUUGGUCUGAGCUCCUGCUUACAGACUCAUCAGUGUCCACCCAGGAGAGGAGCCUCCAGGUGUCAGGUGUGUGCUCAGAGCCUCAAUGAGAACUCCUCUCUUCCAAGUCAUGAGCUUACUCGGCCAGGAGAGAAGCUGGACACCUGUGAGAGAGUCCUCCCCAGAGACAAAACAUGUAGUUGGGAGGCGUGUGAGAGGGGACACAACCAGGAUCCUGGUCUCCAUCCGGGAGUCCACACUGGAGGGAAGCCAUCUACGUGUGAGGUAGGCCAUACGGGCUUCAGUAAGGCCUCAACCCUUCAUGCUCAUCCGAGAACCCACACUGGAGAGAAGCCCUACAGAUGUGAUGUGUGUGACAGGAGCUUCAGCCGUAAUUCUCACCUUCAGGCCCACCAGCGAGUCCACACUGGAGAGAGGCCCUACACGUGUGAGGGGUGCGGGAAGGGCUUCAUCUCAUAUCUCCAUGUUCACCAGAGGAUCCACACAGGGGAGAAGCCCUAUAAAUGCACCCUGUGUGGGAAGAGCUUCAGCCAGACCUCACAUCUGCAGGCCCAUAGGAGAGUCCGUACUGGUGAGAAGCCACACAGAUGCUUCGUGUGUGGGAAGGGCUUUAGUCAGAGUUCCUGUCUUCAGGUUCAUCAGAAAGUCCACACUGGCAAUAAACCCAACCCACACAAUCAGUUCAGGAAAGGUGUUCUUCAGGACUUAGACCUCUCAUUUUCCUCAGAAAAUCCUUGUGGCAAAAGUUUGGAUCGUACUCUGUUAACUGCGAUUCCCAUUGAUCUUCCUCUCCACACUUCAACUAGACCCCAAGGACCCCCCUCUCCAGCCUUUGAGGAAAUUCUCAUCAGAGAAUUUCUCCUGCUGCUACACUGCCUCUGGUUCAGCAGCCUGUGA